ACACAGCCUUUCCACCGGCGGGAUAUGUUGGUAGAACAGUUAAUGUCGUCAUUUCCUCUGCAUGUGAGGCGCUUCGUACAUGUGUAGAGCGGUAUAUCCACACCAGUUUGCUAUAUUUUUUUUAAAGACCAUUAGACCAUAUUUUCUCAUCUUGUGGUUAUUGACAACAGCAUCAUGGAGUCCGUUGAGGAGGACGCCGCACUUGGCCAGGAGUCCGACGAGGAAAACUGUGAAUUAUCAGACGAUGAGCUUCAAGAAGCCUUCGCAAAAGGGUUGUUGAAACCAGGGAUGAACAUUGUGGUGGAUAAACCCAAAAAGUGUGCCAACAAUGUGGAGAGCUUAAAACAGUGCCUUGCUGACUUCCGCAAAGAUCUUCCCUGGGUGGAGAGGUUGAAUCUGACCAACCUGCCGGCUGAAGACGUUCUUUCCAAGGUUGAAGGAAAAGUCUCAAGUCUGACCAAUGGAGAUGUCAAUGCAGAUGAUGAUUUCCAGCGAGAGAUGUUCUUCUACCGUCAAGCCCAAGCUACAGUUUUAGAGGCACUGCCCCUCCUAAACAAGCACGGCAUAGCCACCAAGAGGCCUGAUGAUUACUUUGCAGAGAUGGCCAAGUCUGACCAACACAUGCAAAAGAUUAGGAAAAAGCUGAUCUCAAAGCAGAUGAUACUGGAGAGGUCGGAGAAGGCCAAGAAACUGCGUGAGCAGAGGAAGUUUGGCAAAAAGGUCCAAAUGGAAGUGAUCCAGAAGAGACAAAGGGAGAAGAAAGCUAUGAUAUCUGCUGUGAAGAAAUACCAGAAAGGAAUGGCUGACAAACUAGAGUUCUUAGAAGGAGACCAGAAGACGGGUAAAGACUCUUCUCCUGGCUCAAAGAAAGCCUUGAACAAGAAGGGCCCCAAUGCCAAGAGAAAAUACAAGGACCAGAGGUUUGGCUUUGGAGGCAAGAAGAGUGGAAAGAAGUGGAACACCAAGGAGAGCUACAACGAUGUCUCAGGUUUCCGUGCCAAAGUGGCUCAUGCGAAGGGCAGCAAAGGAGGGAAGAAAGGCAAAGGAGGAAAACAAAAUAGACGCCCAGGUAAGUCUGUGCGCAGGAAGAUGAAGGCUCGCUCGUAAAAACAGACAGAGACUGGUCAACAGACUGUUCAUAGACUUGCUUUCUAGGCAAGAAAUCCUACACCUGUCUCCCAGCCUUUGCUCACUACACCUCAGGAUAUAUGGACGACAACUCUCCUACACUUUUUUGUAUAAUAUGCCUUUGUAAAAUGUGUCUGGAUUGCUGAGUGACUCUUUAAACCCCCUUCAAGCCACAGAAAGAGAGAUGUCUUUCCACAUUGCAGGUGGACCUUGAACUACGCAAAAUACAAACUUAUUUUCCCACAUGCAAUUUCUCUAAGGACAGUAGAGAAAAGAAUUUGUCAAGAAAUUGUCUUAGACACGUUUUUGUAGUUUGUGGCCAUUAUUUUAUCUGUAAGGUAGAUUUUUAAAGCCACUUGGUGUGAUUAUACCUUUGUAUCUACACAGCCCUCUUCUCUGGUUAAAUUACACUGUGAGCUCUGGAAUUUGGUGUAUAGUUUGUUUGUUUUUUUCCCCCCAACUCAGCUGCUUCUCCCCCAUGUGUCAUGACAUUUUAUAAUAUUGAGCAGCUGCCAUCUUUGCCCUUUCCCAUUCAUUAAUGAUUAUGUGAUGGGCGACUGUGUUUUGUAUAGAUCUGUGCAAAUGGUUCCCCUGCAAGUGCUUUUCUUAGUUUGCAAAGACAGAAAUGUGAAAGGGCAAUAAACCUGAACCAGUUGUUCACUUUAUGGAGAUCUC